AGAUAUUUGGCCAAGGGACAUACAUUUGUUCACCUGCACGAAAAUUUCAAGCUUGGAAUAUCUACUGUUGGUGUAAUAAUAAGAUGCACAUGCAAAGCGAUUUGGAAUGAACUUUUACAAGAAUCUAUGCCAGAAUUAACAACACAGCGAUUGAAAAAAAUCGCAAGAGAGUACGAAUUUAAAGCUAACUUUCCUCAUUGCGUUGGCGCUAUGGACGGCAAACAUAUCCGAAUGAUUAAACCUAACCGUAGUGGGUCACUUUUUUUCAACUACAAAGAGUUUUUCUCUAUAGUAUUAUUUGCUGUAGUGGAUGCAAGCUACAUGUUUACUUAUAUAGAUGUGGGCUCAUAUGGAAAAGAGUGUGACUCAACGAUUUUUCAAAAUUCUACAUUAUAUGGUCAUCCACAACACGAACAAAUAAAACUACCGCACCCAGAACCAUUAUCAAGCACUCGAAGUGGAGAUAUGCUUUUUGUUUUUGUUGCCGACGAGGCUUUUGGUUUGAGUCCAUAUAUCAUGCGUCCUUAUAGUGGAAGAAAUUUGCCGACGCCAAAACGUGUUUUUAAUUAUCGCCUCUCAAGAGCCAGGCGGUACGUAGAAUGUGCCUUUGGCAUAUUGUCCAAUAAAUGGAGAAUUUUUCAUCGUCCUUUAAACGUGAAUACAGACUUAGCAAUCGACAUUGUAAAGUGUUGCUGCAUUUUGCAUAAUUUCGUCAGAGCCAGAGAUGGAGGUAAUGCUAGUGAAUCAAUAGCGGUGGUAGAUUAUGAAGACGUGAUCAUCGACAUUACACAAUCACAAGCUAUAACGAGAGUUUCAGCAGCCAAUAUGAUACGUGAUAUGUUCCCCGACUAUUUUAUGAGCGAAGAAGGGGCACUGCCUUGGCAAUUACAUGUAAUUUAAUCACUACCUGUAAUAAGUUGGUAUUUUGUGAUAGAAAAUCGACAACUAUAGCGCGUACGAGUUAACAUGAGACUCCGCUGGAAUGCGACCCCCGUCCCGAGUCCCCGCACCGCGUCCCGCUCUCGCCUUGCCAGCUUAGUACCGAUAGCAUCUUUGUUACGGAUACGCGCCCCAAUUCUCGUUUGAUAAUUUUGAUAAUUGUUUGUUGUUUUGUUUAUUUUGUUUGUUUUUAUUAUCUUUGUUUUUAUGAAA